AUGGCAACCGCUGGGGAAGCACGAGGCUAUCGGCCUCUUGACGGCAAGCUUGCCCUUGUAACAGGAGCGUCACGAGGUAUCGGUGCUGCGAUAGCCCGCAACCUAGCCUCCAAAGGCUGCUCCCUAAUUCUAAACUACACCUCCGAGUCCUCAGCUGCAUUGUGCAACACCCUCUCCUCAACCCUCACCUCGACGCACGGAGUCCGAUGCCUAGUAGUGCAAGCAGACAUGGGCACCCCCACCGGCGGCGCCCACAUAAUCAACACGAGCAAAGAGCACUUCGCGGACCCAAAAACCGGAACUUUCCAACUCGAUAUCCUAAUCAACAAUGCAGGCGUGUCGUGCAAUACCGAGCUCGCCGGAAUCACAGUUGAGGAUUUCGACUGGCAGUAUAGAAUCAACGUCCUAGGUCCCCUUCUGCUAAUGCAAGCCGCGCUCCCGUACCUCCCACACGACCGCAGCGGCAGGAUCGUGAACCUGAGUUCCGUAUCCAGCUCCCUCGGCUUCGUAGGACAGUCUGUAUAUGGCGGAACAAAAGCGGCGUUAGAGGCGAUGACUAGGACAUGGGCGAGGGAGUUAGUCGAGAGAGCUACGGUCAAUGCUGUUAACCCCGGGCCCGUGAAGACUGAUAUGUGGUUUGGUACCACGCCGGAGUUUCAGAAGCUCCUAAAGCCUUGUAUUGAGGCCACGCCGGGCUCGAGAAUUAGACCUGAGAUAGAUGAUAAGGAUCUGGUGGAGAGUGCUGACAGGGCUGGCGGGAGGCCCGCAUAUCCGGAGGAGAUUGCGGGGGUUGUAGGGAUGUUGUGUACGGAGGAUAGUAGGUGGUGUACUGGGCAGGUUGUUUGUGCCAAUGGGGGGAUGAGAAUGUCUAUUUGA